GCCUGCUGAAAUUGGUAUGAGGAAUUUUAGAGGGUUUGAAAAUCCUGCAGCUGAAGCGAAGGUUAGCAUGGGGGGCUAACUUGGAAAAUACCGUAGGCCAUCCGAAUGAAUGAAAAAAUUUGCUGCAGAACUGGGAAGCUCCGCUCCAUUCAUACAUUCAGGAGAGCAGGAGGGAAGAUAAACUGACCCCUGACCUUUCACUUCUCUCCCAAUUGGCCUGUUCUAUAGAGAGCUUCUGUCGUUGAGGAGCUAAGACUCGGCUGUACUUGGCUGUGCAGGAGACACCAGUGAAGGGCGACACACCUGCAGCAGAAACAACAACAACGACAACUACCAUCACCAAGGCCCCUAGUGUCAGACGUCUGGGAGUGUGAAAGGUAGAGGAUGAGUGUUGAACCCUGAGAAGAUUCCACUGGCUUUUUCUCUCUGAAGACUGGACUAGACAGGAUACAACCUGCCUGAUAUUACAAUAGGGACAUUAGAGUCUCUGGAACCCAUCAGACAAAACAAACCAUUUGAAAACUGUUCCUCUACCCCAUUUUACACAUUUCACUCUCCAUUUUUUUCUGCCACUCUGCAAAGAUGGCCCUGUGUGUUUUGUUACUGGGGCGGACUGUUGCGUGUUGAUCACGGGGGAGAGGUGACUCACAGCCAGGACCAUGUCUUGGAAGAGGAACUACUUUGCGUCCGGAAGCGGCGGGCUGCAGGGGAUAUUUACCCCACGCACUAUGACGUCCAUCGCCCCCAGUAAAGGACUCAGCAACGAGCCGGGCCAGAACAGCUGCUUCCUCAACAGCGCACUGCAGGUCCUGUGGCACCUGGACAUCUUUCGCCGGAGCUUCCGGCAGCUGACCACACACAAGUGCAUGGAGGACUCGUGUAUCUUCUGUGCCCUGAAGAGUAUCUUUGCUCAGUUCCAGUUCAGCAGUGAGAAGGUGCUGCCAUCUGACGUGCUCCGCAGCGCCCUGGCCAAGACCUUCCAGGACGAACAGCGCUUCCAGCUGGGCAUCAUGGACGACGCUGCAGAGUGCUUCGAGAACAUCCUAAUGCGGAUUCACUUCCACAUCUCAGACGAGACCAAAGAGGACAUCUGCACAGCCAAGCACUGUAUCCCACACCAGAAGUUUGCCAUGACGCUCUUCGAACAGUGUGUGUGCAGCAGCUGUGGGGCCUCCUCUGACCCACUGCCCUUCAUUCAGAUGGUGCACUACAUCUCCACCACCUCCCUCUGUAACCAGGCGGUGAGGAUGCUGGAGUGUAGAGACAAGCCCACACCAGACAUGUUUGGAGAGCUGCUCCGCAACGCCAGCACUAUAGGAGACCUACGCAACUGUCCGAGUAACUGUGGGGAGAAGCUGCGUAUCCGUCGGGUACUGAUGAACUCUCCAGAGAUUAUCACCAUAGGUCUGGUGUGGGACUCUGACCACUCAGACCUGGCAGAGGACGUCAUCCACAGCCUGGGCACCUGCCUGCGCCUGGGGGAUCUCUUCUACAGGGUGACAGAUGAUAAGGCCAAGCAGGCAGAGCUCUACCUGGUGGGCAUGGUGUGUUACUACGGCAAGCACUACUCCACCUUCUUCUUCCAGACCAAGAUACGCAAGUGGAUGUACUUUGACGACGCACAUGUCAAAGAGAUCGGGCCCAAGUGGAAGGACGUGGUGUCUCGGUGCAUCAAGGGCCACUACCAGCCCCUGCUACUGCUCUACGCUGACCCCCGAGGGACGCCCGUGUCAGUGCAGGACCUGCCCUCCCGCCUGGACCUGCACCACUUCAACAGGUCCUACUACGACAGCGAGGAUUCAGGUCGGGAGCCGUCCAUCUCCAGUGACACGCGCACCGACUCGUCGACAGACAGUUACUCCUACAAGCACUCACACUCCCACCAUGAGUCCAUGGCCAGCCACUUCUCCUCCGAAUCCCAGGGAACCAUCAUCUGUAACCCAAACAACGACCCAGCCUCCCACAGCAGCCUGGAGACCACAGGCCAAGUGACGGACAUUGGGCCAGUGCAGUGCCACUCUCUGAGGAAAGGCGGGACAGUGGACAGGAAGGGCGGGGCCAGUGACAGGAAGCGGAGCUCUAGUCGUCCGCGGCGACUUGAGGAGAGGAGUCGGGGCUCUAAGACCGACGAAGCCUCGUCGGCAGGCUACCACAGCGAGGGUGAGACUCUAAAGGAGCAACAGGCACCUCGCACCGCACCCAAGUCCUCCUCCUCCAGUCGACUGAGGGAUUUCAAGGAGACCAUGAGCAACAUCAUCCACAGUCGCCCUCUCUCCGCCUCCUCCUCGGGCUCCGGGGCCCUAGGGGGUCUAGUGGCCGAGCCAGGGGCCACCACCAAGGCCAGAGACUGGGAGGCCGACAGCACCAGCAGUGAGUCCAAGUCCAGCUCCUCCGGGGGACGAUACAGACCGGCCUGGAGGCCCCGGAGAGAGGCCCUCAAUAUAGACAGUAUCUUCAGCAGGGAGAGACGCAGACAGGCUGGGUAUAGUCCCCUAGGGGCCACUCUGCCUGAAGACAGUGGGGCCCCAGCCGAGGGCCCCACAGGGUCAGUCACUGGACAAGGACAGGGGCCCUUUGGUAAUAUGGCAUCCUCCUGGACCCUGCCAACCACCAGGGGCCAUAACAUGGAGCAGCAGCCCCCCAGGCUCAUCCAGAGGAUGGAGAGCGGCUAUGAGAGCAGCGAGAGGAACAGUAACAGUCCUGUUAGCCUGGACAUACCUCUCAGUGAGGGACCCAAUACUGCUAAUGCACAUAGGGACACCGGUCUGAAGAUGCCUUCCAGCUCCAGCUCAGGUCCAUCAUGGCGCACCGUGCCCAAGUCUAAAAGCAGCAGUGCUCUCCUGCAGGACGUCAAGGCUUCAUGCAGGGGCAACAGCCACGUAAGCCUGGCAGGAGAAGGCCACAGCGAGCUGGACGAGCUGCAGGAGGAGGUGGCCAGGCGAGCGAGGGAGCAGGAGUUACAGAGGAGGAAGGAGAAGGAGAAAGAGGCCGCCAUGGGCUUCAACCCCAGACCCAGCAAGUUCAUGGACCUGGACGAGCUACAGAACCAGGGCAAAGGGGACGGCUAUGAGCGGUGUGUGUCGGACGCUGAGCUACUGCUAGAACAGUCUCUGCGACUGGAGCAGACUGGCGAGGUGGCUGCCGCUCUGUCUGUGGUUAACAAAGCUGUAUCUAAACUCAGGCUUCCCAUGCAUGAGGGUGGCGCUAACACUCAUAGCAGGACAGUGGCUGAGGCCCGGCUGCAAAAGUGCAUAAGGAGAGCGCGGGGCCUGCAGCAGCGCAUGCAACAGCAGCAGCAGGAAGACAGACCCCAGCAACAGGAUCAGGAGCAGACAGAGGAGCAGGAUCAGCCCUGUCCCUCUCCCCAGGGCCCCCCCAGUGAACAGCCUGUCCCAAUCCAAAUACUGUUGACAGACGCCCAGGAGGAAGCAGUCCCGGAAGCCACCAGAAACACACCUUCUCCUCUUCACAUUAAGCCUCUCCCCUCCAGUACAAACUCACUCCCUGAGCCCCUGAGCCACUCCCCUGUCGCUAUGCCCCCGAGCCCUCACACAGGGUCACCCGCAGGGGGGUCCGUAGCGGAGGCGAGGGGGCGCUGGGAAGGACUGGAGAUGUCAGGCGUGCUAGAUAACUCCUGCCCUCAUGUGAGACCCUUCCACAAGCACGCUGCCGUGUCCCUGCCUGCCCUGUGUGUGGACGGCUGGGACGAGAGCCUUACUGAGGGAGGCCAUGACCAGACCCCAGCCCUGCCCAACCACCAGCCAGCUGCACCCUCACACUGGAACAGUAACCCCCCCGCCCAGACUCUGCCCACCCUUCGCCCGCACUCCAGGACACCCUCCCAAGUCAGCCACACCUCAGAGGAAAGGCGCGACGCCAACAUGGAGGAUGCCUACCCCAGACCGCCAGCCUUGGGCCACUCUCAGCCUCCUCCAGCCCAUCAGAACCACAGCUCCCCUAUCCCUAUCUCCUCCAACACCUCCAGGCUCGGCCCUCCUCCUCCCCCUCCCACCCGUAACUGGUCCUGCUGGAGCCAGGACCAGCCGGCUGCCAUCGACUCCCCAUUCUACGCCCCUCCCACAGACUCCCACUGUCCCCCAUCCGCCCCCAUCAGACCAGGGCGGACCCCUUCCCCAGCAUCUGGGAACUACAGGCCAGGUGCCGCCAUGCCGGUGGAGCGCUGGGCAGAGAAUGUGACCCGCUACUACAACUCCCAGGCUGCCCCUGUGGUGGGGUCGCCCUGUGAGGAGCUGUCGGAGCUGGACUCUCUGUACCAGGCGAGCCUGCAGGCCCCCAGCCUGCCCCGGGCCCCACGCGGAGUCAGCCCCCAGCCCACUGCCAACAAGCAACCGGCUAGGAAGAUGUUGUCUGGGCUGGCUGCAUCUGGCCGCUCCAAGACUCCCACAGCCGAGUUAGAGAGACAUGCCUACAGAACGCCAGGCUACACCAGCAGCCCUACACAACACCCCAAUGCCGGCAUCCACAAGCCUGGGUCAUGUGAGCAACCACAGGGAGAUGACGAGAACUACAGUGCUGAGAACCUCCGCCGCAUCGCCCGCAGUCUGAGUGGCACCGUCAUAGGGGGACGACCCAAACUCCUCGCCCACUCCCGCAGCUUUGAGCCCCCAGUUACCAGGAUGCCAAAGCAUACAGACUCCCGAGUCCCCGCACGUCACCCUAGCACAUCCUCCCUGCACCCCCCUCCCUCCUCCACCCACCUCUCUCCAUCCGAACCCCAACACCAAUACCUCCACAACAACCAUCACUACAGCCCCCCAGCACUGCCCCAGCACCCCCCUCAGCAGGCAGCACGGCCCCCCUCCACAGGGCCCUAUCUGGGACGCUCAGGAGGUCACCAGAAGGGAGACCAGUUUCUGGCUGUGUUUGACUGGGGUGAAGCUUUCUCCCGUGAAAACUACCACAGUGUUGCACUGAGCAACGGCACGCUUCCGCGGGCACCUCGCAGGGCACCUCCAUCCUGGUCCUCCUCUCUCCCCCGGCCCAGGGAUGGACCCAACCCGGGCCCUGGGUACUACAGCCGCACAGACACGGGCUAUGCCACCCUCUCCCACCCCUGCCGCUCUGCCCCCCCUAGUGGCACCAUCAAUGGCUACAGGCAGCCCCCUCAAUCCAGCAGGUCGAAUGGAACCCUACCUUCCCGCCUACAACCCCAACACCACCGGCUUUCCAGCGAGACCUCCAACCAGCCCCUCCGCCUGGACGUACCCCCGGAUGAUGACUGGAGGACCCCCGACUACAGGAUGGUACCACCGUCCAUGCCCAUGCGGCAUGCCCACCACCUCCAUCAGCCCACCCAGAGGCAUGACCACCCCCGUAUGAGGGCAUCAUCCCGUGGCCCCGGUAGUGCCCAGCUCUGUUCCCUGUGCCAACAGCUGCCCACCGAGCCCUCCCGUCACUACUGCCAGUCCUGUGGGGCCUACAUGGCCCGUUUCCGGCCUGUCAGCUGAUCCAGCUCACCGUCACCUUACAAACAGACCCAGUUUACUCCAAACACACACACCCUCUUUCUCUCACUGUUUCCCGUUGGGCUAUUUGUAGAAUGCAGUUAAGGAGACUCACAGCAAUCUUGGGGCACAUUGUUCUAGCAGAUUGUGGUCCUUUCGUUUUCCAUCAAUUAAUGUUGAUACUAUAACCCCACCCCCCAUCCCACCCCAACCCUCUUUAACCAGACAGGCCAACCACUAUAUCUGGUCCUUAACCUGGUCUAUUUCUAUAGAGUUUAUAUUUAGCCUUUAUGGCUGCUCGUCAUCUAAGGUUAUUUAUAGAUUAUGUGAUCCAGCAUUUGAAGGUCACCGAGUCCAGGCUGGGUAGAAGUGGGGCUGCAUAGUGUCAACUGAGGUAGAUGGCAAGAGGCACUCAAUGAAUCAAUCAAUCAAUCAAUCAAAUGUAUUUAUAAAGCCCUUUUUACAUCAGCAGAUGUCACAAAG